CCAACGUUCCCGCAGUGCCACCAACACCAACAUGAGUAGCGAGGAAGAAGACGACCUUGGAAUUAAGCCGGGCAGUGUCAUUGACUCGAGCAAAGCAAACUACGUUGUUAUUAAGUUGCUUGGAGAAGGAGGAUUUGGAGCAGUAUUCAAAGUUCAUGACCAGAAAGACCCCACUAAAGUAUUUGCAAUGAAAGUAGAAAAGAAACUCGAAACACGGAAGCAUUCAAAACUGAAGAUGGAGAUAGCAAUUUUGAAACUUGUGUCACAAGAACGCAAGCAAUCACAUUUUACUACAAUUGUGGACCGAGGAAAGAAGGAGACGUACUUUUUCUUGGUUAUGGAGUUAGUAGGCAAAAGCUUAGCGGACUUAAAAAAUCAACGACCGGGACGAGUAUUCAGUGUUUCUACCGGCUUAGGAGCAUCCAUACAGUGUCUAGAAGCUUGCGAAGAUCUUCACAAAUACGGCUUCAUACAUCGAGAUUUAAAACCUGCUAAUUACGCUUGUGGUCUGAGAGAUAAGAAGCAUGUGAUUUACAUCCUCGAUUUCGGAAUUGCUCGAAGGAUUUUGAAUGAUAAGGGAGAGCUGAAAACUCCACGAAUGACAGUAAAAUUUAAGGGCACAAUUCCCUUUGCUUCCAUAUCUUGUCAUAGAAAUACUGAAAUGGGACCAAAAGACGAUUGUGAAUCAUGGUUUUACUUACUACUUGAUAUUACAGUGCCACAGGGUUUACUAUGGAAAGCUUACAGCGAAAAGAACGAGGUUUUGAGAAUGAAGGAAGAGAUACGAAAAGAAAAAAGGGAUGCUCAAUUUGGAAAUAUGAGGUGCAAAGAAGAACUUGGAAAAAUCUUAGAUUACUUAGACACACUACAUUAUCAUGACCAUGUUGACUACUCCUAUAUAUACAAGCUAAUAGAAGAAGGUGCUCUAGUAAGCGGUGGAAAUGUGAACAAUCCAUUUGAUUGGGAAAUAGAAACUGCAAAAGGCACUCCAAGAAGACCAGCAUUGCAUCAAGUCUAGUAGCUGACAAUGAAUGGAGGAUUUACUUGUAUAAUUUUCAUAACAAUGUUUCUCUACGCAAAUCCGUACACUUCAUCUGUAACGAUUUCACG